GUGGAAUUUAGAAUUCAGCAUAGGUCUACUCAUUUCUUGUACAAAACAAGUCAUAGAUAGCUAAAAUGGUGGGACUUCAAUUUAUAUGUGUUCUUCUAACCAUUAUUAGCUUGCUUCCAUGUGUUAUGAAUGCUACAGUUGAGAGAUAUCAAGCGGAACUUAAGAAUGGAAUUCAAGAAGGCGAAGCAAGGUUCCUGUCUUGCAUGUGUGACAACAAUACAGAUGUUUCAGAGCCACUCGAUGAAGAAAUGGCGACGGCUAUUGUAACAGGCGAACUCAAACUCACUCACUGCCGAACCUUCGACGCUCGAGACAUAUGCGGUUUGCUGCUUUUAUGCUCUGAAUGCGCAAUUCGACAUUUGAACUGCUAUGCGUCGGAAGAGACGCAACAGCUGCAGUGUUUGAAUGAAAUCCAUUUGCUGAAUGACAAUUACUUUGGACUAAGAGAGAGGAAACUGAAAGAUGUGGUAACUAUUGAGCGUACUCGUGUCAGGCGUCAAGCCCACGUCUGUACGUAUCCUACAAAUUUGAAAACAGCAGAUGUUGCAUGUCAAACUAUUGGAAAAAAAGUCACAUGCACACAGGCUUGCAUAUUUGGUCACACCUUGAAAGGAGUUGUCAUGAAAACGAUGACAUGCCAGAAAUCUGAAAAUAUUUGGCGACCUUCUGGAUUCACAGAAUGUGAACCUUUUGUGGACUGUUCCUUAUCCCUGAAGAUGCCUGGAACUGUGGAUUGCUUUUCGGGAACGACUCGCACAGCUCCUCUCUGCUACGUAAGUUGUAACCAAUACGAAGAUCAGCCAGCCGUACCGAGAAGAGCGUACGAAUGCACUCUCAGUGGAACGUGGAAUCGGCCCCUACCAUUCUGUGUUGCCACUGGAUCAGGUUUGAGUCUGGUUCCAAUGCCAAAGAAUAUAGUGGCGAACCCAGGUUAUUCAAAAUGAAUACAACAAAAAAUUAUUUAAUUUACUAAUGAAUGUGCAUAUGAUUUAAUUCGAAGUUUAAACUAAAAGUAUAUUGUAACAUGUAGUAAAA